UGAUAAACCAUUGAUUUUUCAACCUAUGGUUGCGCAUAAAGAAGAAUUUCUGUUGCAGUUAAUUCAUGGAUUGUUUUGUUAAAUAGUUUUCAAUGUCAGGAAUAAAGCAAAUAAACUGAAUUUUCAAAUAUAAAAUUAAUUGUAGUUGACAGUUUCAAGCCAUGUGCGAAAAGUUCGCUUUGUAUGUUUCAAAUCGGGUAUUUAAUGUAUAUUUUUUGGGAAAAGUGGAAUAUUUCAAAUGAAAACACUUGGAAAAUAAUGACUUUCUGUCAUAUCAUAAAAACUGUGAUGAAACCUGCUGAUAAGUAACUGAUGCAAAUAGCCCCAUAACAUUUCGGAGAAAAUAAUGUGGGAAUAAAUAUAAGAAACAAUUACGUUUGAUCUAUACGUAAGCACCACUGGCGCAGAAUUAAUUUUUUUGCUGGAUAUUUGAAUAUUAAAGAAAAAACACAACGAUUAUAAAAAAUGUGCGCUUAUUAAAUAGUACUAAAAUUCGAGCGAAAAAAACACAUCGUUUUAUUGUAAAAAAAAUUUGAUUUGUAAAAUUCGUUGAAGGUGCACCGAAAAUAUGCCUCUAUUUGGCAAAAAAGAUUUUAGCAAAAAAAUGAAAAAGGAGAAUAAGGAGCUCAAUAAACAAACAUCCAUAGAAGAGAAGUACAAUCUCCAUGGACUGCUUGGGACAGGUGCCUUUUCUGAAGUACGCCUGGCUGAGAGUAAGGAAAAUCCAGAUGAACACUUCGCAGUUAAGAUUAUCGAUAAAAAGGCGUUAAAAGGAAAAGAAGAAUCGCUUGAAAAUGAAAUUCGGGUAUUGAGGAGGUUCAGUGCAAAUGACUCCGAGAAUGGACAGCGAUUAGCACAUCCAAAUAUCGUGCAGCUCUUGGAAACAUUUGAAGAUAAGUGGAAAGUUUACCUGGUUAUGGAAUUGGUAACUGGUGGAGAACUAUUUGACCGAAUUGUCGAAAAAGGUUCCUAUACCGAAAAAGAUGCAUCAGAUCUUAUACGACAAAUUCUAGAAGCUGUUGACUAUAUGCAUGAACAAGGUGUUGUACACAGAGAUUUAAAGCCAGAGAAUCUGCUUUACUACAGUCCUAAUAAUGACAGCAAAAUAAUGAUUAGUGAUUUUGGAUUGUCGAAGAUGGAAGACUCUGGUAUUAUGGCAACAGCUUGCGGCACACCAGGUUACGUAGCGCCGGAAGUUUUGGCACAAAAGCCAUAUGGAAAAGCAGUUGAUGUAUGGAGCAUAGGCGUUAUAUCUUAUAUAUUACUCUGUGGUUAUCCACCAUUCUAUGAUGAAAAUGAUGCAAAUCUAUUUGCACAAAUCUUAAAAGGUGAAUUCGAGUUUGACUCACCAUACUGGGAUGAAAUAAGCGAAUCUGCUAAGAACUUUAUUCAAAACUUAAUGUGUGUAAACGUGGAUAAGCGCUACACCUGUAAACAAGCAUUGGCCCAUCCUUGGAUUUCUGGUAAUGCUGCGAGCAACAAGAAUAUUCAUGGUACCGUGUCCGAGCAACUUAAAAAGAACUUCGCAAAAUCUCGAUGGAAACAAGCCUAUUAUGCGGCAACCGUUAUACGCCAAAUGCAGCGCAUGGCACUGAGCAGUAACAGUGGCGGCGGUAGUAGUAAGAGUAACAUGUUAGCCACGGAGAGUGUAGUUAGUAGCAGUAGCGUUGGCGCUUCGGAUACGACUGAAAGUCUUAGCAGCAGUAAUACUGAGGGCGCAAUUUCCCUAAAUAAUGUGAACUCAAGUACCAACAGCAGCUGUUCGAAAUCAGGCCAGCAUGAGGACUCAACUGAAUGCAAUGCAACAAAUGUCAAAGAGUGCAAAGAUAACCGACCAAUGGAAAGUAAUAGCUGUAAAAGUAGCACCACUGCUUGUGUAAAUGGCAGUGAAUCAAAUAUAUAAGCCUUGCACAAAUUAAUGAAAAAAAAACACAA